UGACUCACAAAGGUCACAUUGAUUAUAUAGGUCUGUGGUUUGUGGUGUAGUGCAUAAUUGAAGGCAUGGAAUUACAGCCACUGACAGAUUUAGCCAGCAGUUAAUGACAGUAUAAUAGUACCUGUAAAGCGUCUGUGGCAACGGAUAGUCUACCAGACAUAAUUGACAGCUUAUCUGCAAGAGUUUGUAAUGGAUUUACUCCCCCAUCUAGGUUUAACAUCAAAUUAAUAACCAUACACGUGCACUUAGACAACCACUAGUUUUGAUGGAGAUAAACUUACGAUUGGACAAAACGUCCCUACGAGUCAUUUCAGGGCACGUAAAGCUGGUUUCAUCAACAUUGCAGCCUUAUAAAGAUUUGUAUUCAAAUGCAUACGUCUCUAAACAUGGAGAGAGAGAGACAGAGACCUCAAUGCAAUAUCCAAUAAUGACAGUGAUAUAAACAUUAGAGAUAUACCAUCAUUAAAGAAUAUUUGCCUUCCCUUGUGUCCAUUGCACAAGAUAGCAAAGUAGGCCUAUUUGACAACUAUGAAAGCAUUUGAAAAGUAUUAAUGCAUCUGAAAAGUAUUAAUGCAUCUGAAAAGUAUUAAUGCAUCCGAAAAGUAUUAAUGCAUUUGAAAAGUAUUAAUGCAUUUGAAAAGUAUUUGGAAUGCUAUGUUUGAAAAGUAUUGACACUGUUUUGAAAGUUCUCAAAUGCAAAGCAAAAUACUCAUUGUGUGGUUACUUCACUGAUACGGUGCCCAUUUGGUGUCCACUUUCUUCUCAUAUGAGCCAAGCUCAGUUCUAGUUAAAAUAUAUAUAUAUAUAUAUAUCAUAAUUCGAACUGCUAUGUGAAAGUGAAUAUUAGGCGUAUUUUUUUUUAACCUAUUUAGGAUUUGGCCAACAUUUUGUGUUGGAUUAUUUUAUAUUUGAGAAUAAUAUUCUUAGAGAGGGUCAUAGGCCAACUUUCUGUGAUCUAGGCAGGCCUAAUCAUUCUACUUUUUUAUUGGUUAUUAUUUGUACUAUUAAUACUUAUUAUUAUUAUUAUUUUCUGCUAUUUGUACCUCUGAAAUUAUGCUAAUAAUAUAACUAUAAUGACACUGGGUAAUUCACAUAAGAAGUGUUUGUGUUUCAAUUUUUUGCUGCAAUAUCAAUGGCAUUGGUAACACAACAAGGGAGAGAGUGAGAGAGAAAUUAAAAUUGAAUUCAGAGAGAGAGAGAGAGAGAUAUUAUGCACACAAUGGCGACCGAAGAUAUGUUUCAAAACCUUUGGUUCCUUAUCCGGGGACUAGCUCUCACUCUGCCAUUGGGCCGUGGGGUCACGUGGUAAAACUAACUUUACAAGGGCUGCUCGCAAGUAGGAGGGCUAUAUGGAGCAGAAAAACGACAAAGCUAGAAAAAUACAUUUCCACUGCAGAAAUUAAUGAUCAUGAGCUCGUAUUUGAUGGACUCUACCUACAUUGAUCCGAAAUUUCCUCCAUGCGAGGAAUAUUCACAAAACAGCUACAUCCCCGAGCACAGCCCCGAAUAUUACAGCCGCGCCAGGGACCCUAGCUCUGGUUACCAGCAUCACCAUCAGGAGUUAUACCCUCCGCGGGCGAGCUACCAAGAGCGCCAAUAUAAUUGUGCAAGCAUCCCUGAACCUGACACGCAAAGGGGACAUGGACUACCCCAUUCUGCGCACCUGCUUGCAGGGAAAGGGCAGCCAGCCUCAUGUGAGACCCCACAGUUACCCAUGUCCCCCAUCACUCCACCAGCUGCAUCCUCCGCCUGCAACCAAGCUACACCGGAGCAUUCAAACAGCUCAGCCUCCUCCAAGCAGCCCGUGGUAUACCCAUGGAUGAAGAAAAUUCACGUCAGCACCGCGAACCCGAAUUACAAUGGACCGGAUUCCAAGCGGUCUAGGACAGCUUACACUCGACAGCAGGUCUUAGAAUUGGAGAAGGAAUUCCACUAUAACCGCUAUUUAACUCGGCGGAGGCGCAUUGAGAUAGCCCAUACCUUGGUUCUCUCCGAACGACAAAUCAAGAUUUGGUUUCAGAACCGCAGGAUGAAGUGGAAAAAAGACCAUAGGCUUCCUAACACCAAAGUGAGAUCCUCCACCACGGGCAUAUCUUCCGGGUCCAACACAACCUCAUCAGCCGGUGUUGUCGCCACUUCCUCGGCCACUGGUAGCAUUACUCCCGAUGAACUGUCCGGAGUAGAGGAUGGCGAGGAUAUUACAAGGUUAUAAGGCGAAAAGAAAACCACUUUAAGAAGGGGGAUAGAGAAUGAAUGAUUAUUUAUAGUAUAUUAUAUAUUUUGUUUUCGUAGGUAUUUGUGCGGUUUCAUUUAAGUCCAAAGUUAUAUAAAAUGCAUGUUAUAUCGCAUGGAUUUAUACGAAUACUGAUGAGUUAUUUUUACGUGACACAGGGUUUAAGUUAUUUAAUGCUGAAUCAAGAUUAUGUUUUUUUUUACGAGAAAACUGUUUUGAAUGAAGGAAAUUAUUGUACAUUUAAUCUAAAUGUUAUUGUGAGCCAUUUGUUUGCCCUUCCGCCCAAGUUGAAAUGCACAAUCUAUUUAUUUCAAGCUCAACACUGGAAGAAUGUCAUUAUUAGCCAAUCAUAGUUAUUUUUGGUAAAAAUGCUGGAACGUACCAAUGGAACAUUGAUCUUGAACGCAUAUGUUUAGGAUUAUAACAAUGUGAAUUAGCUCCUUGCUUUCAGAAACAGGAUUUUUAAUUACAAUCUAGUUUGUGGUGUGUUUAGCAGAUUAUUGUGAAAUGCAAUACACCGAGUUUAGUGUAUUUGUUAUAAUCAUAUUGGUCAAUAAAACAGUGGGUGUACUAGUU